ACAAAUUGAUAGAAAUCUCGUGUGUUUUACAAAUAAAUAAAGAUCAGUUUAAAAGUAACUAUUUACUGAUUCAUUUAAAUGGUAAUUAAUUAAUUAAUUAGUAUAAUAAAAGUGAUAAAAUAAUCAUUUGUAUUUAAAACUGUAAGUUUAUAAAAAUCAAUAAUUACUUUAUGGUAAACAUAAAGCACGUGAAUUAUAGUGAGGUUAAGUUUUUAAUAAAGUGAGAAAUUAGAUUAAAAAGUGAACAAUGUUUUUAAAUGGAAUAAGAAUGACAAUAAAAUGUCUCCAGUCAUCAAAUCAACGUGUAAAUCCAGUGUCGGGUAUGACAAGGAUUCAAAAUUAUUCAGAUUGGUUCCAUCGUAAGCCAAAGCGAAUUGUAAAUGAAGAAGAAAUUAUAGAGUAUGCAGAAGCUGCUGAUGGACCCAAUGAGUUCCUUGAAUCAGCCAAAAAAAAAUCAACACCUACACAUGCACCAUUGAAAAUUCGAACGAAAAAACGUCAGCCUAAAAAAAAAGUACGAGCUACUCCUACUGAUACUAAACUCAAAGAAGAUGGUUCUUUAAAUUUUAUUGAACUAAAAGAAAAUGAUCACAUGUUAACAUCGCUGAUGAUGACAGUAAGAUCAAGAAAAACACGUGACAAAAACAGUAGAAUUCUUUUAGAAGGUGUCAGACUCAUUAAUGAUGCAAUUGACGCUGGAUUGAAGCCAGAAAUUAUUUUAUUUAGUAGGAAUGCCGAUGUUAUGAAGCUGCCAUUGCCUGAUACUGGCAUUAAAUUAUUUAAAGUACCUUACAGAAUGAUUCAAACAUGGUCAACUCUCGUAACACCGCCAGGACUGAUGGCAUUUUUUAUGAUGCCCCAGUCAGAGAUGCACACACCAGCACCUGAUUCCUUACCUGUCACUAUUAUCUGUGACAAUGUACGUGAUCCAGGUAAUUUAGGAUCAAUACUACGCGCUGCGGCUGCAGUUGGCUGCAAAAAAUUUAUAACACUUACAGGCUGUGUUGAUAUUUGGAACCCCAAGGUGUUGAAAACUGCCGCUGGUGCACAUUUCCGCAUGCCGAUAUUCGACAGUAAAACCUGGGACGAUAUCAGUGGAUUAAUUGACUCGUUUGCAAAUGUGUAUGUCGCUGAUCACAAUACUUCUGUUGAAGAACUAGAAGUUUCUGAAGAUGUUUUAGAAGAAAAUAAUGAAGAAAAUUUAGAAGCUGAGCUCGAAAGUGAAGAAAAAAAUUUAGAUACCCAGCCAGAAAAUGAAGUUGAAAAUUUAGAUACUCAGCUAAAAAAUCAAGAUGAAAAUUUAGAUACUCAGCUAAAAAGUCAAGAUGAAAAUUUAGAUACUCAGGUUGAAGAUGAAAAAGAAAAUGACGAUGAUCAGAUCAAAGAUCAAGAAAUAAACAUAAAGAAACAUGGAAGAAAGAGUGGAGAGCCGUCAAAAUAUGAACUUAAUUUGGCGAAGGAAAUGACCAAAAAUAUUCCAGUUAUUCCGUAUUAUGCCACUGAUUAUACUGAAGAUGAAAUUGUUCUUGUCGUUGGAGGUGAAACAGAGGGUUUGAGUAUCGAAGCUAUUAACAUGAUUAAUAAUAAGUUCGGUGUACGCGUUAAUAUUCCGAUGACUAACGGAGUUGAAAGUCUUAACUCAAGCAUGGCUUUGGGUAUAAUUGCUUUUGAAAUAAAACGUCAGUUUGCUUUGAAAGCUGCUAAGCAAGCUACUAAUCAAACUUCAGAAGAUAAAAAUAAUAAUUAAUUAAUAACCUAUUGGUUAUUUUAAUUUUAUUGAGUUAAAUGUAAAUGUAAAUAUUAAAAUUGUUACAUUU